AUGGCUCACGUUAAAUAUACCAGCGCGAGGCCUGGGCGGGGCGCGGAGACCGGCACUAGCGGCGCAGCGGCAGGCGGCGCCCGGUGGGAUGGCGUCCGCUGUCCGCAGGAGCUCGUCUCCUCGGUCCUCGCCUCCUCCUGUGCUGCUGCCGGGCGUGGCGGUGUGGCCCCCCUGCUCAGCGCAGAACCUGGGAGCGGCGGUGGCGCGGGACCCCCUGCAGCGGCGGCGCCUCUGGGAGCGGCGCAGCCCCUGCAGCGGCGUGGCCCCUGGGCGCGGCCCCUGCUGGAAUCCCCUGGAGCAGAGCAGCGGCGAGGUAGCUCUGGAUCGAGCGGCGGCGACGGGAGAGGACCGGGAGCGCGUGGGCUGCGACUUGGGAUGGAUGGGGCGCCGUGUUUUCUUUCACGGAAGGAACUAAGGGGAUAA